CACACACUGAUGGGACUUCACUCACAGAGAUCUCAUUAUAGGUGCACUGUGAGAAACUACAAGUUUGAACUUCUCCAAAAAGGACAAUCAAAACUGCACAAUGCGUGAAUGUAUCUCCAUCCAUGUUGGCCAGGCUGGUGUCCAGAUGGGCAACACCUGCUGGGAACUGUACUGCCUGGAGCACGGCAUCCAGCCUGACGGCCACAUGCCCAACAAGCAGCCCAGUGGGGGCCAUGACGACUCCUUCACCACCUUCUUCAGUGAUACUGGCUCUGGGAAGUAUGUCCCCAGAGCUAUCUUUGUCGACCUGGAGCCUACGGUUAUUGAUGAGGUUCGUACAGGCAAAUACCGUCAGCUUUUCCACCCCGAGCAGAUGAUCUCUGGAAAGGAGGAUGCCGCCAACAACUACGCUCGUGGUCACUACACCAUUGGAAAGGAGCACAUUGACAAUGUACUUGACAGAAUCCGCAAACUGUCCGACCAGUGUACAGGGCUCCAAGGUUUCCUGGUCUUCCACUCAUUCGGAGGAGGCACCGGCUCUGGCUUCACUUCUCUGCUGAUGGAGCGGCUCUCAGUAGACUUUGGAAAGAAGUCCAAACUGGAGUUUGCCAUCUACCCAGCUCCUCAGGUGUCUACAGCUGUGGUGGAGCCCUACAACUCCAUCCUGACCACCCACACCACCCUGGAGCACUCUGAUUGUGCCUUCAUGGUGGACAAUGAAGCCAUUUAUGACAUCUGUCGCAGGAAUUUGGACAUUGAACGUCCAUCUUACACCAACCUAAAUCGCCUCAUCAGCCAGAUUGUAUCCUCCAUCACUGCCUCCCUGCGCUUCGAUGGUGCCUUGAAUGUGGACUUGACAGAAUUCCAGACCAACUUGGUGCCCUACCCUCGCAUCCACUUCCCUCUGGCCACCUACGCCCCUGUUAUCUCAACAGAGAAAGCCUAUCAUGAGCAGCUCACUGUGGCUGAAAUCACCAACUCCUGCUUCGAGCCAGCCAAUCAGAUGGUCAAAUGUGACCCUCGGCAUGGCAAGUACAUGGCCUGCUGUCUGCUGUACCGUGGUGACGUGAUGCCCAAAGAUGUCAACGUGGCGAUCAGCAACAUCAAAACCAAACGCUCCAUUCAGUUUGUGGACUGGUGUCCCACAGGCUUCAAGGUAGGAAUCAAUUACCAGCCUCCCACUGUGGUCCCCGGAGGAGACCUGGCCAAGGUGCAGAGGGCCUUGUGCAUGUUGAGCAACACCACCGCCAUCGCCGAGGCCUGGGCUCGACUUGACCACAAGUUUGACCUCAUGUACGCCAAGAGGGCCUUUGUCCACUGGUAUGUUGGAGAGGGGAUGGAAGAGGGAGAGUUCUCAGAGGCCAGAGAAGACAUGGCUGCCCUGGAGAAGGAUUACGAAGAGGUCGGUGUCGACUCAUUUGAAGACGAAGAAGAAGAGGGGGAUGAGUAUUAAAACAUCAGAGCAGACCUCGAGCAAUCAUUUUAAAUGUAUGACUGCCAUUGAUGCAGAUCUUCUCUAGAAGCAAUGAGUGUUUGUCUAGUUGAACAGCUGGUUUGCAGACCAAUAAUAAACACCGAUGCUACUGCUGAGCA